CUGCCCCCCUCUCAUCGCCCACACGACGAUCUCCUCCUUGUUCAUCAAGACAACGCUCUGAUUGACGAUCGCCAUGGCUCCAGUUCUCGAACCUGCCGCUCAGGACUUUGCAAACGCAACCUCGACUCCCCCCUUUCUCUACCAGAAGCCGCCCGAAGAGGGCCGGAAGAUCUUCAACGAUGUCCAAAAGGAGUCAAUCGCAUACAGCGACGGCAUCACGACGUCGUGGAUCGACUUCAAGGACCACCGCGUGAAGCUGAUCAAGCCGACGGCGUCGGCACAGAAGAAGCUGCCGGUGCUCUUCUACAUCCACGGAGGCGGCUGGGUGUUUGGCAGCCCCGAUGCCUUUGGCCGCCUCCUGGGUGAGCUGGCCAAGCGCGCCGACGCGGCUGUCUUUGCCAUCGACUACACGCUGUCGCCUGAGGCCAAGUACCCCACAGCACUCGACCAGGCGUGGGCGACUCUCGAGUUCAUCGAGCAGAAUGCAGACAAGUACAAUGUUGACGGCAAGAAGAUCGCCAUCGCCGGAGACUCGGUCGGAGGCAACAUGACUGCCAUCACUUCGCUGAGGGCACAGAAGAGUCGCCUCCUCGGCCAGAUUCUCUUCUACCCGGUCUGCGACUUCUCCUUUGACUCCGAGUCCUACAAGGACUUUGCCAGUGGCUACUUUUUGGCCCGCGAUGGCAUGAAAUGGUUCUUUGAGCAGUACACAAAGGGCACCGAUGCCAGCCCAGAAGACCCUCGCAUUUCUGUGCUGCGCACGCCGCGCGAUGCACUGUCCAAGGCACCGCCAGCGCUGGUCAUCACGGGCGAAGCAGAUGUCCUUCGCGACCACGGCGAGCAGUACGCCGAAAAGCUGAGGGAAGCAGGAAUUGAUGUGACGAGCGUUCGUUUUGGUGGCAUCAUCCAUGACUUCCUCCUACUUGAUCCUCUCAAGGACACCGGGGCGGCCAAGGCGGGACGCACCCUUGCCGUCGAGCAGCUCAAGGAGUGGUACAAGUGAUCGAUGCCCAAAUCACCGUGCUUUCGAGAGGGGAACCGAGUGGCGUCUUCUCGAUCGAUUGAGUUUCCUGUUUCCAUCAAAGUGACUCUCGCAUUCGUAUGCAUCGCUG